AUGAAAAUGAUAUUGAGCGUGGCUCUUCUGCUGCUGGCGGCCCACUGUGCGUAUGCGCAACAUCAGGACUACACCACUCCGGUGCCGAUUCUCAAGCAGAUCGACAAGCACAACGACGAUGGAUCCUACACCUAUGGCUACGAGGCGGCGGACAAGAGCUUCAAGAUCGAGACCAAGUAUGCCAAUGGAGAGGUCUAUGGAAAGUACGGCUAUGUGGAUGAUCAGGGCAAGGUGAGGGAGAUUGAGUAUGGAGCCAGUAAGCGCGGAUUUGAACCCGCUGGCAGCCACAUCAAUGUGCCACCUCCCACGCUGACCAAUAGUAAUCCCUAUCCGCUGGGACCCAAUGAACUGGACGAUGGUCAGUAUCGCGAGGAUCCAGCGGUUUACUACAAGGAUCAGAAGUUCAAUCGCCCAUUGUCGCCGGCCAGUAAGUUCAGUUUGAGCGAUUUCGGACGUGGCCAGCAGCAGCAGCAGGCGUAUGCCCCACUCCCUCAGCAACCUGCACCCCAAAGGCCCUACUAUAGUCCCGCACCCCAGUACUACAGCCCCCCGGCACCGCAGCCCCGUUACUAUCAGCCUCCUCAGCCGCAGAACAACUACUACAAUCCCCAGCAGCAACAACCUUAUCGGGGAUUGCCCGAGCAACAUCAUCCCUCUCUGAGGAACCUGAACCUCUACACGGGAUCCUAUAGCAUCGAUUAUACGGGCCGGAAGUAGGAAGGAUCACUUUGGAUCGGGGAUCGGGGGGAAUCACCUUAGAGUUGGGCCAGAGAGUCAGCGACUGAAGUGUCCGAGGACAAUGUCAACUUGUUACUGCCAAAAAAAUCAGUCACUCCGCACAACCCACAUAUAUCUAUUAAUAUGUACACUGUUUAUAUAUAUGUUCUUGUAUGUGUGUAAUAAAUCGAGUUUCGAGACCUGAAGCGUUUACAGAGAAAA